UCGUGACGACAGUGGGGUCCCUUCAGCCGUGGGAAUCUAGCCACGACCCUGGUAAAAGAGGAAAGAGGUAUUACCGAUUAAGGCUAGGGCGAAGCUCGUCUGACCCACACUUGCAAACUGUUGCCGAUUGCCCUUGGGACAGGCGUGCCCAACGGGGAGGAAGAGGUGCCUGGAGUAAAGUUAGUAUUCCAUCUAAGGGAAGAUGUAUGAUGGAAUGGUAAAACCAAAGAUAUGCCUGGCUUCUCAAGUUUCCUUGCACUAUGGAUUAUUUUUUAAGCUUGUCAUCUUUUUCUCUUUCAUCUCAGAAGGAUGGACAUUUGGAUGCCAAAAACCUACACCUAUUCGCAAUGGUAAAGUGAAUGAUACUAGUAUUAAUCAAGUGUACUACCUUCCGGGCACUGUGCUACACUACGACUGUGACCCUGGCUAUGAACCACGAGGUGCUGAAACCAUACAUUGCUCUGAAACAGGACAGUGGUCUUCAGAGAUCCCAUACUGCACGAGAACAGAUGUUUGUCCUGUACCACUGGAACCAGAGAACGGAGGAUACAUGUGUCAUCCCUCUCCUUGUAGAAAAUUGGUGACUGACAGUGUAAUUGAGUAUUCCUGUGAUGAAGGCUAUGUGAUGAAAGGAGACUACAAGUUCCUCACAUGUAAAAAUGGUGAAUGGAUUCCACCCAUGCAAAUCAGCUGCAAACUUGGCCCAGGAAAAGACUUGCAUACUAGCAUUGGAGUGCCAACAUUGUCUAUAGUUGCUUCAACUGCCAGCUCAGUUGCCCUUAUCCUCCUCCUUGUGGUGCUGUUUGUCCUUCUGCAACCAAAGUUGAAAUCCUUCCAUCACAGCAGACGUGAACAGGGUGUGUCAGGGGAACCAGUGUCAAUAGUAGUGGAUGGUGUACAAGUAUCACUACCUUCAUAUGAAGAAGCUGUCUAUGGUAGCGCUGGGAACUGCAUCCAGACUUCAGACUCCAGAGUACAGAUUGUCCUUUCAGAGGGACCAUCUACAAGUGGAACAGAACUACAGCAGCAUGAACCACUAAUGCAGAUCUCUAGGAGAGAGGAUGCAAGUCCAGGACAUGCAGAGCAUUGCCAAGGUAGUGGCUCUCAGCGAUCAGAAACUGUUCUGGUUCAUCAAGCAGCCUCUUCAUCUUGGGCAUCUGCCUCACCUAGGAGGCUGGGACAUAAAGACAGUCAAGAUUCUGACAGCAGUGAAAUACAGAGCGUUUUGUCUUUGACUCCUUCAGAAGAAUUUUCAGAUGAUAUUCCUUUGCUGAAGGAAGCAUGAAAGCUGUCUUCUGGAGCUGCCCUGACUGGCCUGAAUGCAUUCAGCCGUUCUUUAUCUGCCUUUUCCUAAGCUGUGCUGUACGAAACUGAGGAACAAAUCAUAAAGGAGCCCAAGAUGCCCCUCUCUUUUGAAUCAUUUGUAAAGUUCCCAAAGAUAGGAUGAGUGUGCAUGUCCUGCAGGAUAUUGUCAUGUCUGCAUGUGAAGGGAAGACCUGCAUACUCCACCACAGUGCAUGCAGCUGAAUUAGAAGGUCCAGGUGCAGGAAAUCCAGCAAAAGAAAUUGUUAGAAGUCCAAAGCUUUACACAAUUGAAUUUUUGCCCAGGCUGCAACUGAUUUUUUUUUUUUGCCAGUCACCAAAAUUUCUUCGGUACCCAAUGUGGAAAUCUGGAAAAUAAGGUGCAAUUUUAAAAAAAAAAACUAAAUCUAGAAUUAUUUUUUACAGCGGAACAAGGAUCUCCAGUCAUUUUAAAGCAAUAUAUUUAUAAAAAUAAGUGUUUCUAUUUUACUUUGGCUAAUUAUGCUUUCUGUUUGUUACCAAUGUGGCUACCUGGUGCAGCUGUACUGUAGAGCACAAGACAGUUUCAUUUGGAAUUGCAGUAUUUUGAACCUUGAGAUUCUUUACUGUAUUUAGGAGCCUUCCACUGUCACACCAUAACCUAACAAAAUAUUCCAUAUUUUUGGACAUUUUGGGGAGCUGCAGAUCGCCUUUUUAUCAGACUGCCUAUGGAAACUUGAGUUUGACUGCACAAGCCCCUAGUGUUAUCAUAGUACUGUUAUGAUCUUGUCAGGGUACUAAGUGUAUGUGUUUUCUAUGUCAGCACAUUCUUUGGACUGUUGUCAAAGUUUUGUUUUGGAUCACAACAUGUUUUUUUCUACAGAACCACCUGCUGUCAAACUGUUUGUACUUCAGAGUCCUUAAUACCUUCUUGUAACCAUUUUAGCAUGAAAUUCAUGAGUUAAUUAAACCUGGUACCAUGACACAGAGGAGUAAACCCCUGACUGCACCCCAGGCAACUUGUGUUUAACUGGUGGCACCCAGUGUCAACUUGACCUUCCUGGGGUGAGGGAGGUAGCUUGGCUCACUCUAUUGGCAACAUUUGCAGAAAUGCAUGUGUAUCACAGCAGCUGUUGUGCCCAUGCUGCAGGAGUUGUUUUCAUCAGGAGCUCCCAGCAGUGUUUAUUUCCCUGACAGAUGUACAGAUACCAGUCUUCCUUCUCUACACAUGCUUACCACAUUAUUCUAAAAGAAGAUCUAAUGUGUCUCCACAUUUCUGAUUACCUGAAGCGAGCUUCAUAUAACCACAGCUUCCACACAGCACUUGGUUUUCUACUUUGCUUCCCUGCCAGAGUGCCUUCUCUGCAAAGUUUGCAUGUCCUUCCUGCAUCUGCACGGGUUAUUUAUUUAUCCAUUUGUUGACUGGAUUAAUCCCACUAGGCUAGUAGCCUCUUUUCAGGGGGUACCUGAGGUGAUAUUUAUACUACUGGGGGAAUUUGGCCCAGGGCAUCAGGGAACUUCCCUACUUUUUCCAGUCUUUUACAUCCACCUGAGCUACAUCCAGUUCAAGCAGAUGGGACAUCAGGACUGCAUUACCACCACCCCCUUUAUGCUGCACUGCAGUGUCAGCAGUCCAUCUACCCAGUAUGGGAAUAGAUCCCACAGUCUUCUGCACCAAAGGCCAAUGUUUUACUUGUUGAGCUACUGAUAGUGCUGUGUUAGUUUUUUGCCAGGUUUCUGGAUACCCCCCCUGACAUUCCUGAGUUGCUCCAGGGGGUGAUUUGUAGUUCCUCAUAUUAUCUCUGUUUGUGUGCAUCCUUAGAUGUACUGGCAAUCCCAUCCAUCAGUGAGUCCAUGCUUUGUACCCAUCACAUGCUGAUAUAGGUCCACUUUCCCUGCAGCCCUGAUUAGUAUGACCUAAGUAUUGGAAAAAUUAAAGAAAUAUAGGCAACAACAUUUUCUUUUUAUGCCUCAGUUUUCAGAAGCUCCUGCUUGUGUGCUUCAACAUUGGAUUUUAGAAGCUGUAAUUAUUAGUAGUAUUUAUGAUAUACUCCAGACAUUUUAACAGCUUUCUUGGCUGUAAGUGUAACCCCACCCUUUUUUUAUAUUUUAUUGGGUAAAGAAUUGAGGAUGCCACAUUUACCUUAAAAGUACAUUGCUUACCUAUUGUUUAGUGCAAAAAAUGAGAUUUAUAGCAUGGCCGGUGCCCAGAUGAGUUGAUUUGGAAGGUGUGUCAUAGUUAUUAGCUGUAGCUUUAAAUGUUUGCAAGCAUUGUAUAUUACAUUAUCACUGGAAGUGUUGAAUGUCGAGUCUGCACUAGCUGUAUCAAGACCUUUCCUUGAAGAUGCUGUUCCCAUUAUGGCUCACAUUCUGUAGAGUUUGUUCUUUUAGAGCCCCUCAGACUAAUGACAUAAAAGAGCCCAUUACCUCCUUCCUUACCACAAAACCAUCUCUUCCCCCACCAAUCCCACUACUAAGAAUCCUUUGUUUUUUUGUUUGUUUUGUUUUGUUUUAAUAUACAUAGUAGGAAUUUUCCAGAUGCAUUGAUGAAGUGGUAUCUGUUUUAUGAUGCUGUAAAAUGGACAGGGAGUAGCAUAAGGUUACAUUGUAGAAAAGGCACAGCAUUCUUGUACAAGUCACAGCAUCUCAAAUGAUUUCUUGCAUGCAGUCCUGUUUCUUUUUGCUUGAAAAACUGUUCAUAAGUAGAGUAAAAUUACAAAGCUACCUCUCACCAGUACUUACUUUUCUGAUUUCCAAGGAAUGCAAUUAAGACUCAUUUUGAUAUUCACAUGCUGGUGGGAAGAGGGCAGAGGCUGUUGAAGACAAAGCUCCUUCUCACACAUUUGGAGCUGAAUGCAGUGUUCCUAGUCCCAAAAGUCAUGAAGAAGGAGAUGAUCUCGGGUAUCUCCAGAUCUGGUGGUAUCUAAACAGUUUAAGGUGUACAAGGUCAUACCCCAUUUGUAUGGAGGUGCUGCUUAUCUGGUACUGAACCAUAGAAAGGGACAUAUCUCAGCCCUUUACAUCUUGGAAAGGUUAGGUGUUCAAGCCAGUAGAUUCUGUAAGCAGGUUUCUGAGGCUGGAGGUCUGGAAUCAGAAGGCAUGUUUGGGCAGAGCUUCUUAGACUUGGAGAACUCCAGGAAUUGAUCUUUUUGUUACUCAGUAAAAUGCUCUUCUGUUGAUCCAGCAGGACAGGGGGGUUGGCAGUGGAUGCAGUAGCAUUUCAGCUGUUUUCACUGAUUACACGACUUAUUGCUAAGUUCAGGAGAGAAAGGUCACACCUAAUUUUUUACAACUCCUUGGUGACUGAGAAGGGAUUGAGGUAGAAGUAGGGUUAGGUUUAGCAGACCUGAGUAAGGUGGUGUAGGGAGCCUUCAGUUUCCAGUCGUAAUAGCCCUAGCAGUGUAAAAAAAAACUCUCCCAGUCCUUGCUAGUGAUGGCCCUGAAUGGUGGGGAAACCACCAUUUCCCUCCUCAGCACCAGGUUUGUUGAAAGGCGUGUAUGAGAUGGUUCAUGCUGCCAGAGAGCCUUCCAGUUGGCUAACUACUUCUGCCAAGUUAAAUGGUUUCAGAAGUUUCCGUGAACCAGUCCAUUAACUUGUCAGUUUUCUUUGCAUCAUUUGAAUCUGAGGGAGAAGGGGCUCUUCACACCAUGGAUAAGUGCAGUGUCAUCUUAAGUGUUACAUGAAAUGACAGGUAACCAUUUGAAAUGUCAAGACCCACUAGAGCGAGUCCCAAAAUAUGAAGACUGAAUAGUCUAAAUAUCUUACUUACAUAUACUAAGAGAAGCUAUCUCUCAGAAUAUUCCUUUUUCUCUGACGUAUGGUGAUCUCGAAGUUGGUAUGUAUAAGUUUGGG